AUGCCCAUCCCGAAGUCCGAAUAUCUCAGCGAAGUCUGGAAGGAUGGUAUCUUCAACAACAAAGUCGUCUUCUGCACCGGCGGCGCCGGCACAAUCUGCAGCGCCCAGGUCCGCGCACUAGUCCACCUCGGCGCCGACGCCUGCAUCCUGGGGCGCAAUGUCGAGAAGACGGAGCGUAUGGCUCAGGAUAUCGCUACUGCGAGAAAGGGCGCAAGGGUGUUGGGGCUGGGGGCUGUGGAUGUGAGGGAUGCCGGAGCGAUGGCGAAGGCAGCGGAGAGGUGUGUGCAGGAGUUGGGGGGGAUUGAUUUUGUCAUCGCCGGCGCAGCAGGCAACUUCCUCGCUCCAAUCGCCCAGCUCUCCCCCAACGCCUUCAAAUCCGUGAUUGACAUCGAUGUGCUUGGCUCCUACAACACCGUCAAAGCGACCCUUCCCUACUUGCUCAAGUCCGCCGCCGCCCACAAGACAGAUGGCAAGAUGCCACCCAAGAACGGCACCGGCGGCCGCAUAAUCUUCGUCUCCGCAACGAUCCACUACGCGGGCGCGCCCCUCCAAACGCACGUCUCUGUGGCCAAAGCAGGUGUUGACGCGCUCUCAGCCGCGGUAUGCAUCGAGCAGGGUCCGCGGGGCAUGACGUCGAACGUCAUCUCACCUGGCCCCAUUGCUGGCACCGAGGGCAUGGAGAGGCUCUCAAAGAGUGGAGAGGAGGCCCGCAGGGCGAGUGAAAAGAACAUACCGGCCGGAAGGUGGGGCACUGUGAGGGAGAUUGCGGACGCGACGGUGUACUUGUUUGGGGACGCAGGGAGUUAUGUCAAUGGGGAGAUUCUUGUUGUUGAUGGCGGUUCGUGGCAUACGGGUAUGCAGCCGGGCGCGGGAUUCAAGUAUCCGGACUUUUUGCUGUCGGAUGAGGUCGUGAGUGGUGUCAAGGGUACAAAGCAGUCGAAGCUGUGA